AUGGAGCGUGCGCGUAUGCUAGCUGAUCUCGGCUACGUGGGAUUUGCAGCAGACAUUUAUGGCCGCGGCACUCCUGUUGAAGAUCGUGACGACUGGGCCGCGGCAGCUGGAAGGCACCGUGGCGAUCCGACACUUUACAUGUCGAAGAUCAAUGCAGCUUUAGAGCAAGUGAAGUCAUACAGCUUCGUAGACACUUCUAAGAUUGCGGUCAUCGGAUACUGCUUUGGCGGCACCGGGAUUGUCAAUAUGGCUAUCCUUGGAGUAGAUGUGCUGGGAGUCGUUGGCUAUCACUCCGGCAUCCAGCCAAACCGCAGAGUCCUGCGAAGCGAUAGCACAGGUCCUGUCCGUGCGAAAGUUCUUUUGCAUUCUGGGGUCCAGGAUGAUCUAGCAACUGACAUUGCCUUGCUGGAGCGCGAGUUCGAAGAUGCAAACGCAACGUUCGAGAUCGUGCGCUACGGCUCCGACGUGCUGCACACAUUUACGAAUUGGUAUGCAAAUGAUCCCGGUGUUGCUGUGUACAACCAGCGAGCGGAUGUGAGGUCUUGGGAGAGCACGAAGCUCUUCCUGUCGGAGAUAUUCGAAGGACUCUCACAGCCGGUGCGUGCGCCGUCCCACACGGCGGUUCGUGGGAGAGAGGUGGGUCCUUCCAUGAGAAAAGCCACCGCAGCGGCGCGUUUAAGCUCUCCGCCCGUCGGAGCCCGCAGUCGAAGCCCGAGACGUGACAGUGUCUGUCCCCUCGUGAGCAUUACAACGGCGCUGCUUUGCAGAUUUAACCUUCACUCAGCGUGCAGGGCGCUGCAGUGCGGGAUCAUGCGACUCGAGCCAGUUCUCGAGCCCGAAUUCAAUCUUCGUGUUUUCUCGUGGAGGGUCUGGCAUCGGCCGCUGAAAAACAAGCGCCACUAG